AAUAACUUAGCAUCAAUCAUCGGUGAUAAAAUUAGGGUUACUCGAAGUGUACCAGAGGGAAGAAGAAGCAUGAAGAAGAAGACAACGCAUAUGUAUCUGCCUCAUGAACUGAUAAUCGAAAUCCUGCUAAGGUAACCAGUAAAGUCUCUCUCACGUUUCAAGUGUGUUUGUAAGUCUUGGUUUUCUCUCAUCUCUCAUCCCAACUUUGCGAAUUCACAUUUUGAUCUUGCCGCCGCAACACACACUCUAAGAAUUCUGUCCAUUUUGUGUUCACCUCUUCAAUUUCGAUCGAUAGAUUUUGAAUCGGCAGAAGAUUCUGCUUCUUCAGUGAACCUUAAUAAUUUUUUUAUUCCCUAUCCUCAUGCUUAUAUUAAAGGUUCAUGUAGAGGAUUUAUAUUUUUCCACUGUUUUUCAAGACUCUACAUAUGGAACCCGUCUACUGGACUUCAAAAACAAAUACCUUUGUCUCCUCUUGAUUCCAAAUUCAUAAGGCAUCGUGUAAAUACUAAUCUAUAUGGUUUUGGUUAUGACCAGUCAAGAAAUGAUUACUUGGUGGUUCUAAUGGGCUAUGACCCAAUCAUAUCCAAUAAUGUCGUUUUACCACAUUUGGAGGUUUUCUCUUUGAGAGAUAAUACCUGGAAACAAAUUGAGGGUGCUCAUUUCCCUUAUAUGAAUCCCAAUAAUGAUCAUUCCAAACAAGGGGUUUUCUUUAAUAGGGCUAUUCAUUGGUUGACUUUUCGGUAUGAUUUAUCUGUGUUUGUUAUUGUUGCCUUUGAUUUAAUAGAAAGGAAACUUUUUGAGAUCCCUCUUCCAGAUCAUGAUUUUCACUAUCAGUUUUCACAUCGUCAUUUGUGGGUAUUUGGAGAUUUUCUUAGUCUAUUGGAUGUCGAUUAUGGAAAUCAUACAUCAAAAAUAUGGGUGAUGAAAGAAUACAAAGUGCGUUCCUCUUGGAAUAAGAAACUUGUUCUUCCUCGUUGUGACAUUUUCCCUGUAUACUCUACAAAAAAUUAUGAUAUCAUUGGAACAAACUAUGUUAAUUUAUUGGUGAAGUACAAUGAUAAAGGACAGUUGUUAGGGCAGCACUACUUCCGUGAGAAUCUAAGAUCAUCGCGUGUGGUGUUGUAUACAGAGUCUCUACUUUCACUCCCCGGUGACAAUGAUGAAGUUUAAGAUGACAUAAAAUGGA